AUGUCAGGAAGAGGCAAAGGCGGUAAAGGACUCGGUAAAGGAGGCGCUAAGCGUCAUCGCAAGGUUCUGCGUGAUAACAUCCAGGGAAUCACCAAACCCGCCAUCCGUCGUCUCGCUCGUCGUGGUGGUGUCAAGCGUAUCUCCGGUCUGAUCUAUGAGGAGACUCGCGGUGUGUUGAAGGUGUUUUUGGAGAACGUUAUUCGUGACGCCGUCACCUACACUGAACACGCCAAGAGAAAGACCGUCACCGCCAUGGAUGUCGUCUAUGCUCUGAAGCGUCAGGGUCGCACUCUUCCCACUGCUCUGCAUAUAAGAGAUUUGACUUCAGUCAUGGCAAGAACAAAGCAGACCGCUCGUAAAUCCACCGGAGGCAAAGCGCCCAGGAAGCAGCUCGCUACUAAAGCUGCCCGUAAGAGCGCCCCAGCUACCGGCGGUGUGAAGAAGCCUCAUCGUUACAGGCCCGGUACCGUAGCGCUGAGAGAAAUCCGCCGCUACCAGAAGUCUACUGAGCUGCUGAUCCGUAAGCUGCCUUUCCAGCGUCUGGUGAGAGAAAUCGCCCAGGACUUCAAGACUGAUCUGCGCUUCCAGAGCUCUGCCGUCAUGGCCCUGCAGGAGUCCAGCGAAGCUUAUUUGGUCGGUCUGUUUGAGGACACCAACCUGUGCGCUAUCCACGCCAAGAGGGUCACCAUCAUGCCCAAAGACAUCCAGCUGGCCCGCCGCAUUCGUGGUGAACGCGCUUAA